AUGACCUUGAAUUUCACUCAUCGUCUUCUCCACUCAACUAAGCCAUUCCAAUUUCUGAAGACCAAUCGCUCAACACAACACUCCAACACAAACCCACUUCCAUUUCCCAAUCCUCCACUCCUCCCCUUCACUCUUCGACCCCCAACUCGCUCCAACUCACUGUAUGGACGAGUCAGCUCACUCCUCCCACGUUCCCAUAGCUCCUCUUCAAGCCCAUUCAGCACCCAAAUCGUUCCCGAAAUCUUCAUCCUCUUCGCGUUCUCUCUGGUGCUUCUUGGCCUUCGGCUCUUCUCCAGCGUCCUAUUGCCCGAUUUUCCUCACCGCUGGCACGGCCUUGUGGCUUUUGCUUCGGAAGCUGAGGCCAGAACCAAUGCAUACCCUUCGCACCUGUGGCAAGCCAUUGUUGCUUACGAGGACAGAAGGUUCUUUAGCCAUUUUGGGAUUGACCCAGUUGGGAUUGCUCGUGCAAUGGUGUCGUUUUCGGCUCUUGGCGGUGGUAGCACGAUUACCCAGCAGAUGGUCGGGAUAUAA